AUGGCAAACGGUAUAAAAAGCGAAGUGUCAUCAAUGCAUGUCUCCGCUCCUUACCAUCCUUAUCUACCGUGUUACACAGUAUUAAUGCAGGCCGUGGUCCCAAUCCCUUGA